AUGGACGACGACAUUUCGAGCUUCGCCGCCAUCACCAACGCCGACCCCGAGGUCGCGCGCGGCUUCCUCGAAAUGUCUGGCGGCAACCUCGAGGCCGCCAUCCAGCUCUUCUUUGAGAACCCCGACAUUCAGAGGAGCUUUGGCGUCGCCGGGACCGCCUCCUCGGCCGCCGCUCCUGCCGUGCCCUCGAGCACCCGUCCCACCGGCUCUGGCCGCCAGGAUCAGCCCAUCCAGAUUGACAGCGACGAUGACCACGAUGACACGAACAUGCUCGACGACGACGACGACUACGACAUACAUGGUGGAGGUGGUGGAGGUGGCGGCAGCAGCAGCAGCGGGCACGCCCAGGCGGUCGCCGUGGCGCGCAGUGCGCAGGAGGAGGAGGAUGCCGCCAUGGCCAAGAGGCUGCAGGAGGAGCUCUACGGCAGCGGCAGCGGCGCCGGCGCUUCUGGUGGGGGCGCGGCGCUCGACGAUGUGCGUUCGCCGAUCCGGGCCACCACGGAGACGCUUGUGGCGCCGUCGUUUGGAGGCGGCAUGACGGAUGCCGAGGAGGCCGACAUGGCGGCGCUGCUGCAGCAGGAACGACAGCGCGCGGCGGCGAGGGCUCGAGGCGGCGCCAGGAAUCCCUUUAACCACGACGCGAGCAUCUGGGACGGCGACGGCCCGCACCGAUCGGCGGGCUACGGCGGCGGCACGACGAGCGCCAGCGACGCGCGCGCGCAGCGGCUGGCGGACCUCUUCCGACCGCCGUACGACCUCAUGUCGACGGCCGAGUGGGACGACGCGCGCGAGCAGGGCAAGGAGGACAAGAAGUGGCUGCUCGUGAACCUCCAGGACAACAGCAUCUUCCAGUGCCAGACGCUCAACCGCGACGUGUGGAAGGACGCGGCCGUGCAGCGGCUCGUGCGGGAGAGCUUCAUCUUCCUCCAGUACGCCAAGAACUCGUUUGACGCGCAGCAGGUCGACGACGCGGUGCGGCGCAUCUACGAGUGGCUCAAGGCCGAGCCGCUCGAGGGCAAGGCGGGCGUCGCGUUUGAGCUCAAGCAGAUGCCGCAGGGCCAGGACCUGCUGCAGCGUGCCGACGAGACGAUCCUCGAGGCCGGGCUGAAGCAGGGCACGGUCAUGGUGGAGUUUCUGGAGGAGUAG